CAGGAAACACACAGGAUUCACUCCGGCUGCCGAAGCGGGUCAGAGGAGCGCAGUCCAGAACCUCGGGUCCAGAACCUCGGGUCCAGAACCUCGGGUCCAGAACCUCGGGUCCAGAACCUCGGGUCCAGAACCUCGGGUCAUCUCGUCCUCCCAGUUUGUGCUUUUCUUCCUGGAAGCGGCGCAUCUCCUGCGGGUUGAGGGAGGAAUGCUGGUCUGUGAGCGGGUCGCCGCCGCCCUCAUCUCCCGGUGACUUCCGGCGGGGCUCCGAGCCUCCGCCGCCCUCCGGCCCGCCGCCCUGCGCGGCUCUCCCCCGGCCUCCCUCGGCUCCAGCGGCCGGUCUUAUGAGCGCGGCGUUCGGUCCGUCCUUCAUGGUGAUGCAGCGGCCACUCGGAAGCACCACCGCCUUCAGCAUCGACCUGAUCGGCGGGCCCCCGCAGCCCAGCCCGGGACACUUCGUCUACACCGGGUACCCGAUGUUCAUGCCCUACCGCUCCGUGGUGCUGCAGCCGCCGCCGCCGCCGCCGCCGCCGGCCCUGCAGCAGGCGCUGCCCGGCGGACACCACCCGCAGAUUCCCGGGCUGCAGAGCGGCUUCUGCUCCAGCCUGGCGCAGGGUUUGACGCAGGGUUUGGCGCAGGGCAUGGCGCUCACCUCCACCCUCAUGGCCUCGCUGCGCGGAUUCUCCCCGUCCCAGCAGCACCAGGAGGCCGCCAGGAAGUUCGGCUCGCAGGCGCUGCGGCUGGAGGCGGAGGACGGGAAGAGCUUCCUGCCCGGGAAAGAGUCCGCGCUGCCGGCCUUCCACGACGCGGACGCGCCGCUGCAGACUUCCACAGCCAGAGUUCUGUCCAAGGACGAGUCCAAGGAGGAGGACGGCGGCCGGAAGGACGAGAGUUUCUCCAUGGACAGCGACCUGGACUACAGCUCGGACGACAACCUCACGGCGCUCUGCCACAAGGAAGACGCGGACGGCGGCGGAGGCCUGGACGACGCGCCGCACCUGCACGGCGCGGCGUCCGGCGGCGGCUGCGCGGCGGGCGGCGGCGCGGCGGGCGGCGGCAGCGGCAAGAACCGGCGGCGGCGCACCGCGUUCACCAGCGAGCAGCUGCUGGAGCUGGAGAAGGAGUUCCACUGCAAGAAGUACCUGUCGCUCACCGAGCGCUCCCAGAUCGCGCAUGCGCUCAAGCUGAGCGAGGUCCAGGUGAAGAUCUGGUUCCAGAACCGGCGCGCCAAGUGGAAACGGGUCAAGGCCGGAAACGUCAACAACAAGUCCGGGGAGCCGAGCCGGAACCCCAAGAUCGUGGUUCCGAUCCCGGUCCACGUCAGUCGCUUCGCCAUCAGGAGUCAGCACCAGCAGAUGGAGCAGGCCCGGCCCUAGGACGGUUCGGACGGGUUCUGAACCCAACCGGAACCACCAGACUCCUCUGACUUUGUUUGUUUUGACUCGUUGAUCCAAAUGUUUUCUGUUCACUCCGUGACUCUGAUGAGACGGAUCUCACCGAACCGUCCGGUUCUGUUCGGCUCUUUUUAGCGUCGGAGCCCGAGAACGUUCUCAAAGAGCCGCAGUUUUUCACCGCCAAGUGCGCGUGGAGCAGCUGACGAUGUAAAUACCGAGCGGAAGCUGCGCGCGCACGAUGGAAUGAAGCCGCGAACUUAUUUAUACAGUGAUGUGAAAACCUGCGAUUAAAGGACGCAAAGAGA